CCUAAGGGAUAAGUAGCUAUGACUGUACAACACUUGGAAUAGUGUUGUCAACAAAAAUAAAUCAAUUUUUUAUAUUGGAUAAGUUCGAAAAUUAUUUUAAACGAAAAUUUCAGCAGAAUUCAUUACCAAACCUGCCACCCUCCUUUGGCGUACGUUACAAAGCCAAUUGAGUGAAUUUUAAGAAACCAACUAAAAUAAAAUAAAGAUAUAUCCCACACUCAACUUCCGUUCACCGGAUGGAUCAAGACCAACUCUCCGACCAUGUUCUUAUCAACGGCACGGUUGUUCCUGUCACAUUGACGACUGACGGAAAGCUCCUGUGGGCGGACGGACUUCUGCGGAUUUUGAAUUUGGAGAAGGAGGUGCUCGGUUUCGCCGUCGACGGUAAUAAGAUUAAAAUCAGAGCUGUUAUAGAGAAAGAAGAUGGAAUCUUCUGCGGCGGGAGCAUCGGUGAUUUGGUCAGGAAAGAUUUUGUUUUCCAACCUCUGUCGCAAGAGUCUCAAAGACUUUGGUGCCAGAAACUCCGUGAAUAUCUUGAUUCUCUCGGACGGCCGAAGAGGCUGUUUAUUUUUAUGAAUCCGUUUGGAGGGAAUAAAAAUGCAUCAAAGAUUUUUCUGGAUAGUGUGAAGCCACUCUUGGAGGAUGCUGAUAUCCAGUUCACCUUGGAAGAGACUACACGGCAACUUUACGCGAAGGAUGUAACUAAGAGAAUGGAUCUUUCCAAGUAUGAUGGUAUAGUUUGCGUUAGUGGUGAUGGAGUUCUUGCUGAGGUGGUAAAUGGACUACUUGAGAGAGAGGAUUGGAGUGCUGCAAUAAAAAUGCCCCUUGGAGUGAUUCCUGCAGGUACUGGAAAUGGCAUGGUCAAAUCUCUAUUAGAUUCAGUUGGUGAACCCUGUAAAGCACCUAAUGCCACUGUAGCUAUUAUUCGAGGCCAUAAGUGUUCACUGGAUGUAGCUACUAUCUUGCAAGGGGAGACCAAAUUUUAUAUUGUCUUGAUGCUUGCAUGGGGUUUGGUGGCAGAUAUAGACAUUGAGUCUGAGAAAUAUAGAUGGAUGGGAAGUGCUCGUCUUGCUUUUUACGCUCUUCAGAGAACAUUGCAUUUGAGGCAAUAUAAUGGACGUGUUUCUUUUGUGCCAGCUCCUGGUUUUGAAGAUUAUGGGGUACCAACUAGUUACAGUGGUGAAUCAAUUAAUGGAAUGAAUGUCGGCAGCUCUUCCCAAGAGCAACCCAUUAAAGCUAGACAGUAUGGCUACCAAGGACCUGAUGUUAGUUUAGAGGAUCUAGGUUGGAGGACAAUUAAUGGACCAUUUAUUUCAGUUUGGCUUCACAAUGUACCAUGGGGAGGUGAAGAUACACUGGCUGCUCCUGAUGCAAAGUUCUCGGACGGUUAUUUGGACCUGAUUCUUAUAAGGGAUUGCCCAAAGCUCGAUUUACUAAAAUUAAUGACACAAAUGAGCAAUGGAGGUCAUAUAAGAUCAAAAUAUGUUCAGUACCUCAAGGUUAAAGCAUUCAUCUUAGAGCCAGGUACAUGCACACAUGAUCCAACUAAAGAAGGAAUUAUAGACGCAGACGGUGAGGUACUAGCUAGAGGAAAAGGAACAUACUUGUGUCACCAGAAGACACUGAUGGCAUAUGAUAAACUACAAAUUACAAUGGAUCAAGGUUUAGCUACUUUAUUUUCCCCUUACUUUAACAUGGACAUUAACCACCGAGAAAUAUUCUUGGAGUGAUAAUUUAAUUUUGACUGUACAUAUUAGGGAGGACAAAUAAGGGAAUUGAAAAAAAAAAAUAAUAAUAAUAAUAACCUCUUGAUGGCUAUGUCGGCUUUGCAAUUGUAAGUUCUCUCUUUGGCAAUGUGCAGUUCAUCUUUACUUCAUUCUCUGAUAACUAUGAUUAUUCAAGCUCUGUUUUUGGUGUGAUAUUAAGUUAUAUGAAGUGUUUCGUAAUACAAUUUCAGUAAAGCUUUGCCUA